UUUUUUUUUUACUUUGUAUACGACAGAAUGCAAUGCUAUUUUGAUGAAAAACCUUUAGACUUGAUGUCACUUUAUUCAGGUGAUAUCAAAACUUCUUUUACUAUUGAACCCACAAGGCCAAAACGCCAUCAAGUGAAAAACGCAUGUGUCAAUUGUCAAAAAGUUUGUAAGAAAUGCGAUGAUGGUAGGCCAUGUCAAAGAUGUAUCAAAUACAACAUUACAGAUACAUGUAGAAAUUCGGCACGAAAAGAACGCCGAAAAGGUAUCAAGAGAGGAUCUUAUGGUCGAAACAACAAACGAAUACAACGGUAUGCACAUGAUUCAAACAAAAAACCAGGCAACAGUCUAGCCAUGCCCUUGUUUACUAACAACCAUGAAAUAACCAACACGCAGACAAUAACUGUGAUACCAGAUAGCCAUGCUAUGAAGAAUGUUACACCACCAACAUCAUCUUUUGCCAUGGGAGAAGCAUUUAAUACUUUGCAAAAUGAAAUCAUUUGGCCAACGUCCUUUCUUUAUGACUUCCCAUUACUUGAGCAGAUACAACUACCUAUGGAAAGUAAAUUUAGCAAUGACAUGAAUCUCUUAACUGUGAGAAACAUUCAAGCCAAUGCUAUUGACACCAUAUUGCAGCCACAAAUUGAUUGUUUACUGAGCACAACCUCUCAACUAGAGAAAAGCAACCACAAUAUUUCAAAUGUUGGUUUGCAACUGUAUGGCAACCACGUAUUACAAUCACGAAAUCUUUUGUGAUACUGUUACUUGUUCUCACUUUUUUCAUAUAUAGCCAAAAAGGAAAGACAAAAGCGUGACGGACACGUUGAUUUCACCAACUUUCUGAAAGGGAAAUGUACAUUUUGCACUAAAGCGUAUAGUAUUCAAUAAAUAUACACAAAUACCGGGUUUCUUUUGAGCCGUCAUACUGAAACAAAUCUAGCCUCAAAGAAAACGAGUUUGCUAGUAUGCUUACAUAAUAAGAUAUCAUGUACAAUAGUCCGCAUUUAUCGAACACAAUAAAGAUCGCUAUUUUACCAAAAGGAUUACUUUUCAAUAAAAAAGAACCAUUUCAUUUGCCAAAAGAAUU